AUGAAAACUUCGCUGCUACUUCUGCUGCUCUUUGCCGUCCUGUCACCGGUGGCGGCUAUUUGGCAAGAUGAUUUGAAUUGCCACAACGACGCAUAUUGCCGUAACCGGUUCCUGAGCCGGCGCAUGUAUUGCAAAGCGCGAUCCAAUGGUCGCAAGCUAUGCACGCCUCUUCGCGAGCUUAGCUGUGCUCGCGACGAGGAUUGUCCCGAACAAGUUGACUACGACUGUAAGAAUUAUUCGGAAGGAAAACCCGGAAUAUGCCUGCUAAACUAC